GGCACGUGGGUUACCAAAAUAUUUACAUUCCAUAUUCAAAAGUUUAUUAGUAUAGAAAAGAAUACUAAAUAAAUUAUACAGAAAAGAAACAUUAGUUUUGGGCCAAUUCGAAGCAGAUUGUUCGCCUUAGGGUGGAGAGGGUGAAGCAAUCGUCGGCGGAAACAUACAACAUAUUCACAACGCUCACAAUAUUCUUUGUGGGCUUGAAUUUUUUUUUACGACCAAUUAUACAAUAGUCAGCAAGAACUUUCGUGAAGUACUGCAUCAUUGUACAUCAGCAACGUUGCAGUUAUGUUGGUGUUUCUGCGAACAGCAUUGAGAACAAUUGCAAAAACCGACGCUGUGCGUGUCAUUAAGAAAUUCCAUCACAAGGCUUUUAGUGACAAAUACUUGCUGGUCACAAAUGUGGGCAUUUCUUUAAGUCUCAGCAGUGCCGGUGACAUCUUGGAGCAGCAAUACGAAAUCUAUUGCAAUGAAUUGGACAAAUGGGAUCGCAAGCGCACAUCACACAUGGCCGUUUCGGGAAUGACUGUGGGAGUUAUAUGCCACUAUUGGUAUCAAAUACUGGAUUCACGUCUGCCGGGUCGGUCCAUACAAAUGGUCAUGAAGAAGAUAGUAUUAGAUCAAUUGAUUUGUUCACCCAUAUACAUCUCGGCCUUCUUUGUGACCUUGGGCGUAUUGGAGAGAAAAUCCAAAGAAGAAGUUUGGGAUGAAAUGAAACAAAAGGCUUGGAAACUAUACGCCGCCGAAUGGAUGAUUUGGCCCGUGGCACAAUUUGUGAACUUCUAUUGGCUACCUUUGAAAUAUCGCAUCUUCUAUGACAAUAUAAUCAGCUUGGGCUAUGAUGUCUACACAUCUCAAGUUAAACAUACCGGCUGAAUUUGUAGUAAUGUAACCAAAUCAAUUAUGACUAUCAUUAAAAAAAAAAAAACAGCAAUUCAAUUAGAGAUUUGUAUACCUAGUAUGUAGAAAUAAUUAGGUAAAUUAUUGUAAAAUUUUCAAAAUUCCGGUAAACAGUUAAAACUACCUCGCAUGAAAUUCUUUAAAAGAAUUGCAAUGCACUCAAUUUUGUAAAUAUGUGAUGUGUGGUUGAAGAAGCUAAUGGAGACUUUUUUGUACGUAAACCUAGUUGGGAUUUGAUAAAAGUAUUUAUGACGAAUAAAAGUAUUUAUACAUCAUACAUAGAGGA